UAGUCAUCUAAAACACAAUCAUAGAUUGUUGUAAUAAAAGUUAUCAAUUAUCUUUCUCUUUAUCACAUUUUUGUCUACUAGUUUUUUGAUUAUCUUACUACAUACAGUUUGACCCUUUUUAAAUAAUUCCAUAAUGUUUAUACAUAAAAUUAUUUAAUUUAAUAUUUCUACUAAAACUUCAACUGUAGUCCUUAACAUUUGUGUAUAAAAUAUCUCUAAUAAUAAAGUAUAUAGUAUAAAUAUUAAAAUAAAAAUGAAAUAUUAAAUUAUAUUAUUAGAAACGCUUUUUGAAAUCGCUUCGAAACUGCUCAAUAUUACGUUAAUUGCUUCGAAGAAAUUUGUUCUGGACAGAGCAGUGAUCUAGAAGAAAUCAUUUGUUUUUCUAUGCUGUUCGUCGACAUUAUAAUAUGGUAAUGCAAGAAACACGGUCGCUGCAAAGUUGUUUACUGAUUUAUAAAGUCGAUAAGUUUGUUUAAUUUAAAAUAUAUAAAUACAUAUAACACAUUCCUGAUGUUCACUGCGUACGUCAAGUUAAAAUAGAAGUGGGGGUAGUAAAAACGAUGGAUACUAUAAACGAAAAGUAACUUGUACUUAGUUACUCAAUUUAAAGAAUGUAAAGAAAUACUUAGAAAAGAAUCAAUACUAAUAUACACAGCCUUACUCUUGAAUGGUGUUGACAAACGAUGUAAAACAUGUUUCUCCAGCAUAUAUUGUCACUGAUAUAUUGGUAUUUUAGACCGUUUAUAAAAUGGUUUUUAAGACAAACGACACAAAUGUGUGAACUUCAAAGAAUUUGUUAUGGACAACCUUCUGGAGCUCCUAGGACACUCGCAAUUGAGGAAUCUCUACAGCAAUCAAAAAAUGCUAAUAUCAAGACUUUAAUUACUUAUUUAAAUGAUAUUGCAAAUCAUCGCGGUAUAACCAUUAAAAGUGAACGUAAAAUCCUAGAAGAGGCAAUUAGAACAGUAUUGGUGGCUAAAAAUGUAAAUCCCACAGCCCAUCCUGAUUUUGCCAAAUCAUUUGGCAAGUGCAUAGAAUUAAUUUGGGGUUAUCGCCAACUAUGUGUAGAAUGUGAAGAACUUAGGAAAACACCCUAUGAUGCUGAUAAUCCAGAACACGAACUAUUGUUAUUGAAAUUGUGGAAUUUACUUAUGCCUUAUGAUCCUUUGGAUGCUAGAGUAACAAAACAAUGGCAGAAUAUUGGCUUUCAGGGAGACGAUCCAAAAACAGAUUUUCGUGGAAUGGGAAUAUUGGGAUUAGAAAAUCUUGUUUAUUUUGCUCAAGAAUAUCCUAGUGCAGCAACUCAUGUUUUAUCUCAUUCUACUCAUCCACAUUAUGGUUAUGCAUUUGCUAUCGUUGGUAUAAACCUUACCAGUAUGGCAUUAAAAUUAUUAAAAGAUGGUACUGCUAAGACACAUAUCUAUAAUUCGUCAAAGACUUUGCCAACUAUCCGUGCUUUUCAUCAGUUUUAUUGUUAUCUUUUUUAUGAAUUUGAUGGAUUUUGGAUUGAAUCAAAACCGAGCAAUAUGAUGGAAUUUUCUUCUAUACAAGAAAAAUUUGAAAACAGCAUUAGAAUGGCAUUAUCUAAUUCAUCAACCACAUUAAGGAUAAAUGUAUCUGUUGAUAAUAUUUAGCACAAAUCUUGAAAACUAUGCUUCAUGUUCAUAGAUAUCUGAAAGAUAAUUAUAUUAUCAAUGGUAGUAUGCACAGACCAUUCCUUAUUUUGUUAUAUACAAAACAAUGCAUUCAAAAAUUUGAUAGUUAAGAUUACAUUAACCUGUUCAUGGUUAUUACUAUAACUCAUUUUAAGAAAGAGAAUGAUUUUGCAAAAUA